UUAGUACAGUCUGUAAACGCGUUCGGUUGAGCAAUGAGUUUCAAAGAUAAAGUUGUUAUUGUCACUGGAGCGAGUUCAGGAAUAGGCGCUGCAACUGCAAUAAAGUUCAUUGAAGAAGGAGCCAAAGUUAUCAUAGUCGGUCGUAACGAAAAGAAACUUAAAAAUGUCUCACUUCAAUGUGAAAAAGCCGGAAGGAAGCCUUUAGUUGUCAUUGCCGAACUCGCCAUCGAUGACGAUGUGAAAAGAAUAAUGACCGAUACUUUGAAGGUUUAUGGCAAGUUAGAUAUACUUGUAAAUAAUGCUGGAAUGCCUGUCCAGUCUAGUAUACUGGCUCCUGACACUAUAAAAGCCUUUGACAAAAUCAACGCCGUCAAUCUUCGCUCCAUUAUCCUUCUUACAAAUCUGGCUGCUCCACAUAUCGUCGAGACUAAAGGAAAUAUCAUUAACAUAUCGAGCGUUGGCUCUACUUCUGUGUCCACCCCACUCGGAUUCGCCUACAAUACUGUAAAAGCUGGUUUAGACCAUUUCACUCGAUGCAUAGCUCUCGAGUUAGCUCCAAAAGGAGUUCGUGUCAAUGUUAUUAACCCUGGCAUAGUGAGAACAGAUAUCAUGAAACAUUAUGUUACUGAUGAAAAUUUGGAGAAACAAAUGUAUGAGUUGGCGGGCAAGAAUGCUCCUCUUCAAAAGAUAGCUGAAUCUGAAGAGAUAGCUGAUCUUAUUUUGUACCUAGCGAGCGAUAAAGCUAAAAGCAUUACUGGAGCCUGUCAUGUUAUAGAUAAUGGAUUUUUGUUAAAAUAAAUGUUUUAUUCUUUCAAC